GUGGAUGACAGUAUCACCGUCGAAGCUAACAUUGUUUUUACAAACCUUGGGUAGAACCGUAGAAUUCAUCCCCAAAAAAUUAAAAAGAGGUUAGAGGAAUGAAACGACUUUCACCAGGAUUCAACCGUUACUUUUCCCACCAAAAGAGCCCCACUCUUAAUUCCAACACAUUCCAUAACCAUCCCUCCUUCACUUCGAAUCAACGGGCACAGCUCAAACCCAUCUCUCACGCUUCAAUCCUCCAACAAGUGAAAUACCCAAAUCCCAUUAAACAAGUUCACGCAAACAUAGUCACCUCUGGUCUUUCUCAAAACGUCUUCCUUUCCAACAGAUUAACGAACUCAUACUCUCUAUGUGGACUCAUGGAAGAUGCUGAACAUGUUUUCCAUCGAAUAUCUGAUAAAAAUACUGUUUCUUGGACAAUCUUGAUAUCUGGGUAUGCAAAAAAUCACUUUUUUGUCGAGGCCAUUGAAGUUUUGCGCAAAAUGAUAACAGUUAGCUUACUUCCAAAUGAAAUUACGAUUUCAAGCAUUCUGCCUGCUUUUGGGAACAUGGGUUUGACCCAGAUGGGAAGAUCGGUCCACUGUUUUUGGAUACGAAAUGGGUUUGCAACGAAUGUGUUUGUGGAGACGGCGCUGGUUGGAAUGUACUCAAAAUUGGGCUUCGCUGGUGCUGCUCAACAGGUGUUUGAUGGCAUGUCUGAGAGAAAUGUUGUUGCAUGGAACGCGAUGAUUUCGUGUUAUUCUCGUUGUGGGUUUGGUGAAGAAGGGUUCAGGCUUUUCAAUUCGAUGCGUAGAGAAGGGUUUCAUGUAGAUUGUUUUACAAUCAUGAGCUUGAUAUCGGCCAGUUCAGGUGUAGAGGAUUUGCGGGUAGGAGAGGGAGUCCACGGUUUAACGGUUAGAAAUGGAGUUGAAAGUGAUCAACUUGUUAAAACAGCUUUGAUGGAGGUGUAUGUAAAUGGAAAACGUAUUGAGGAUGCUUAUUUUCUCUUUAACGACAUGCCUGUGAAGGAUGUGGUUGCAUGGACCUUAAUGUUAACCGCAUUUUCAAGUGGUCAAUAUUGGAACAAGGCCAUAGAGCAUUUCAACGAGAUGAGGAGAGUAGAGGAUUUAGAAUUGGAUUCUGUUGCUUUGACAGGAAUCAUGUCGAGCUGCAGUGAUUCAGGAGCUCUGCAUCAAGGUCGGCGGGUCCAUGCAUUGGUAGUAAAAACAGGUUUUGCACAUGAUGUGUUCUUGGGGUCUGCUAUAAUAGACAUGUAUGCAAACUGUGCAAACUUAGAAGAUGCGAGAAAAUAUUUUGAGGGCAUGGAGGAAAAGGAUGUGGCAUGCUGGAAUGCUAUGAUUGUUAGUAAUGGGAUGAAUGGCUAUGGUAAUGAUGCAAUUGAUCUCUUUCUGCGAAUGAAAGGUUCAGGCAUUAAUCCGGAUGAGUCGACAUUGGUUUGUGUCUUGUGCGCUUGUAGUCAUGCUGGGAUGGUUGAUCAAGGACUUCAUAUUUUCCGCCAUAUGGUUAGAACUUGGAAUAUAGUUCCUAACUUACAGCAUUAUGCUUGUGUUGUUGACCUUCUUGGCCGUGCUGGGCGAUUAGGUGACGCUUAUUCAUUGGUUAAUAGCAUGCCUUUCCACCCGGAUUUCGACGUUUAUUGUGCCUUGCUAAGUGCCUGCAAAAUCCAUGGUAACAUUGAACUGGGUAUCAAAAUUUCGGAGAAACUAUUUCAGUUGGAGCCAAAUGAUGCUGGUUACUAUAUAUUGCUCUCAAACAUGUAUGCUUUGGCUGGAAAUUGGGAGUGUGUGAGAAUGGCUCGAGUAUCAUUGAGAUCAAAAGGAUUGAAAAAGGACCCAGGGUUUAGUUCGAUUGAGAUAGAUGGCGAACUGUACACAUUCAUGGCUGGAGAGAAGGACCAUCCUCAAUAUUUUGAAGUUGAGGGGAUAUUAAAGUGCAUGAUAGUAAGAAUACAAGAAGCAGGUUAUGUGCCUGAUACAAAAUCAGUACUUCAGGAACUGUCAGAUGAUGUCAAAUCGGAUAUGCUAUAUCACCACAGUGAGAAGUUGGCUAUUGCUUUUGGUUUAGGAAGAACCAAGCCAGAAACAACAAUUCGGGUCACAAAGAAUCUCCGGACGUGCAACGAUUGCCACUUUGCAUGCAAGUUUAUUUCCAAAGUUUUUAAAAGAGUUAUUGUUGUUAAAGAUGCCAACCGCUUCCAUGUCUUUCGAGAAGGGGUUUGUUCAUGCAGAGACUACUGGUAACAUUAGAAAAUCAACAGAAAUAUCAAUUCAGAAGCAUUUGCAAGAAGACUUUUACUAAAAUGGUGAGGAUUGAGGAAGGUGGUGCUUACGGCGCAGCUUAGUACAUUUUAUGCUGUGGUUAAUGCAUAACUUCGGUAGUGCUCAGAACAAGACCAGUUUGUUAUUUGGACACUGCGUGCCGCUAGGAAUUAUAAUCCGGUGCUCAAAGAUGACAAGGCCUGAGGAUUUUGAUUGAUGAAGGUUAUCUGGAUUGACGUUGUUCUUUCUCAGUCUACCUUUUUUACUUCUUCCUGUGGAGUAUUCAGCUUCCAUUUUCCUAGCUUCUCGAUGUUUGCAGGCACUAAUGACCAAUAUAGCCUUUUAACUACUAUUGGUUGCCAAAAUUUGAAGGCUGUAUCCUUGGAACCCUCUCAUUAUGUGGAGCCUACUCUUGUGAAUGGAAAGCCAUGACUGGAAUCAUUAAAGGGUUUGUUACAGCUAUCUCCUGUGAAUAAAUUCCCGAUACUCUUCUCUUAAGUUAGAUGCUCUGAGUAAAUGUGGCAAAUUGUUAUAAUUAGUUGGCAUUGGAAAAUGAAAAUAGUUACUAAAUCCAAACUGAGUGUAAGGGUCCACGCUGUUAAUAUGACCUUACGAAAGAGAUUACUUAUAAUGAGGGGUUUUGGGUCCCCAGGGUCGCUUGGGAGCACCUUG